UGCUGCUGUGGGCCAGCCCUUGCUCGCUCUGCUGCCCCCUUCCUGCCGGGGAUCAAGGUGUCGUCAGGCACCCGGCUCAUGUACACCUUCUACCACAUCGUCAGCUCCACCGGCUGCUGUCUGCUCAUGUCCAGGAACGUCGCAGAGUUAGUGCGGAAGAGAGUGCCUUUCUUUGCCGUGCUGUGCGAGCACUUGCGGCCGGGCUCGGACUGCGACAAGAUGAUCGGCUACUCGUCCGUCUACAGGCUGUGCUUCGGGACGUCCUGCUUCUACCUGUUGCUGUGUGUCAUCCUGCUCAACGUCAAGUCCAGCCGCGAUUACAGAGCGCUCAUUCACAACGGCUUCUGGUUUCUGAAGUUCCUGGUCCUCGUCGGGUUCUCAGCAGCUGCCUUUUUUAUUCCUGAUGAAUCAUUUCUCCACGUGUGGCGAUAUGUUGGCCUGACCGGAGCCCUUCUCUUCAUCCUGAUGCAACUCUCUCUCAUCACCGUCUUCGCCCACUUCUGGAACAAGAACUGGAUGACGGGCGCGGCUGACAAGAAGCUAUGGAGUCUUGCUGUGCUGUCGGUGACCCUGCUGUUCUACAUCAUGGCGAUGAUGGCCUUCUCCCUCAUGUACAGGUUCUACACCCACCCAGCGGGCUGCACCCUCAACAAGGGGCUCCUCCUUCUCAACCUCAGCCUCUGCUUCCUGGUGUCCGUGCUGUCCAGCACCUCCUGCGUACAGCCCAGGCAGCCCCACGGAGGCCUCCUGCAGGCUUCCAUCAUCAGCUGCUACGUGAUGUACCUGACCUUCUCCGCCCUCUCCAGCCGGCCCCCAGAGACAGUGGAAUUUCAGGGGCAGAAUAUCAGCAUCUGCUUCCCGAGUGUCGGAACGGAUGGGGAGCAGGCGGAGGGGAAGAUGAUCACCAUCAUCGGAGCUGCCGUCAUGUAUUGCUGUGUCCUGUUUGCCUGUAACGAAGCCUCCUACCUGGCCAAGGUGUUCGGCCCCUCCUGGAUGCUGCGGGUGUACAGAUACGAGUUCAAGAAAGCUUCCUGCUCCUUCUGCUGUCUGGAUGAGGAAGGUGGGUGA